UGCCCGUGAGGACGAGCAUGAACAGGCUCUCGGGUUUCAUUCAAAACUUUAAAGUGGCGAAAGUGUCGUUCAGUGCUGGAAAGGAUUGUGAAAAAAAGGAGGUGGAGGAGCGCGUCUUCUCCGGGAUCCAGCCCACGGGGAUCCCCCACCUGGGGAACUACCUGGGUGCCCUGGAGAGCUGGGUGCGCCUGCAGGGGCAGCACGGCUCCGUCCUGUACAGCAUCGUGGACCUCCACUCCAUCACCGUGCCGCAGGACCCCGCCCGGCUGCGGACCAGCGUUCUGGACGUGGCGGCAAGCCUCAUCGCCUGCGGCAUUGACCCGGAGCGGUCCAUCCUCUUCCAGCAGUCGCAGGUGUCUGAGCACACAGAGCUCUGCUGGGUUCUUGGCUGUCUGACCAGCAUACCUCGGCUACGACAUUUACCUCAGUGGAAGACGAAGAGCAAUCGGAAGAAUGAAGGCAGCGUGGGCCUGUUCGCCUACCCCAUUCUGCAGGCUGCAGACAUCCUCUUAUACAAGUCCACCCAUGUUCCGGUGGGAGAAGAUCAGAUCCAGCACUUGGAACUGGCGCAGGACACUGCUCGCAUCUUCAACCAAAAGUACGGGGACUGCUUUCCCAUCCCACAGCCACUUUUGAGUGUAACAAGAAAGGUAAAAUCCCUCAGGGACCCCACAUCCAAAAUGUCUAAAUCCGAUCCUCGGAAGUUAGCCACCGUCAACAUUACGGACACUCCAGAUGACAUCCGGCUUAAAUUCCGUAAAGCAGUCACGGAUUUCACCUCCGAAGUCACCUUCGAUCCCGAGAACAGGCCUGGCGUCUCCAACUUGGUGGCUAUCCAUGCAGCAGUGACUGGACAGACAGUGGAGGAGGUGGUUCACCAGAGUGAGGGACUGGAGACGGCCCAGUACAAACACGUUGUAGCUGAAGCUGUCAUCCAGAAGUUUUCCCCGAUCCGGGCUGAGGUGCAGCGACUCCGGGCCGACGCUGGGUACCUGGAGAAGGUGUUAAGCCGAGGGGCAGAAAAGGCUAAGGAACGUGCUUCUGUUGUUUAUCAGGAGGUUAGGAGACGUAUUGGGUUUUCCUGAUGGAGGAAUUUUCCUGGAGGCAGGAGCAUUCUGGGAACUGCCGGCAGUGACGGUCAUAGGUGUGCUCCACAAAAAACUCUUCUGCGUUUGCAAUUUAUCUUUUUGAGACAUGCAAAAUGUAGCUGCCAACAGAAAUGCAGCUUCUGGAUGUCAUUAAUUCACCUGGAAUCUUUGCUGCUGUUCACUAAAUCUUUAAAUCUGUGUUGAGUAACCAUGAAAAGAUCAUUUAGGAAACCAGCAUUUAGUUGAACAAAUAAUCUGUUGCUUUUUUUAAGUAAAGCUUUUCAGUACUUUUGUAAUAGCAAGUGCAAUCUGAAUGCUGUCCAUUUUUUUCUGUACUUGUCCAGAAACAAGAGAGUUACGUGUCUGGUGCUCAGAGGAAUCUAGAUAUGCUUUGGUUUCUACAAUCUGUUCUGAUCACUGAUGUAAACUAAUAUAACCCUUGGUAGCCCAGUGUCAUUCCUGAUUAAUGUCAACAUCAGGCAGCUUUCGUGACUUUUUAUAAACAAGGGGAGCAGCGGAUUUUACUUAUGGAAUAUGAACAGAACUUACUUUUCAAAUGUUGCUAGGGACAUCAGUAAGUUUUCAACAUUAUGAGAUUCACUGAACAUCCCCCAGUUAUCUUUAAAAAGACAACAGAUGGAGACCUACACCUUGAAGAUUUCAGCAGUUCUUCAUGGUUUAUAUUUGUUUAGUGGCUCAUUCAUUCAUUUGAUUCAUUUAAGUGUGAUUUUACUGUGGUUGAAAGUUAAGGAUGUUCUUAAGAUACAUGCAGAACACAGUACAAGAGCAUAGUAAUUAAGUACUUAAACUUAUUAUUCUUUUAAAUGAAUAAACCUCACUAAGUCUAGGUAUGUUGACAAAAACGCAAGAAAUGCAUACUCUAGGGUUUUAUAAUGUUGCAAUUUUAGGUUUUAGAUGUAAGAUCUGUCUCUGUUCUGAUCCUGAAAUGUUCUUAAGAUGCUUCCUCCUAUAGAAUGUUAUUUUGUGAAAUACCUCAAAAUUGACCACGUUAAGUGUGUGAGAUGAAGUUUAGAAAGCACUAAUCCUUGUGAAAUCCUUGUGAAAAAUGCUUAAUUCUUCACUAGCUGACUCAUCUUUCCUUAAGAGGUGAUCUUUUACUUGCUGCUGAUCUCUAGAUGAUGACAUUUCUGGGGGACAUUUACCAGUCAUCUCUGAACACACACACAUCUCAGAUGUAACUCCAGUGUUUGCCAGAUGGGACUGAAUAUAACAUAUCUGCAAACCGACCAUACAGUUUUGUAUCAUUUUACCCCGUGUUUAAAAUUUUGUUUGCAGAUUUCAACAUCUGCUAAAUCUUUUCUCUGCUGAGCUCCAUAUCUAAAUGCUGCAAAAUCUGUUGAUGUGGCUCGUUUCCUGGAUGUAGGAGUAGAUCAGUCUCAUACUGGAUACAGUGUCUGUAUUCACUGCAUCAGCAAUGUGAAAGGCAACGUACAAAUCCUCCUAUAUUCUCCUUCUCCAGUCUACAUAGAGAUUGCAAGGAAAACACAGGGGCGAACUACAUUGUUUCAGGUUGAUCUGGUAAUUGGAAAGAAGAGCUCUACCAGUUUACUUCAACAUCUGGUCUACAAGAGAAGCUGUUAACCAAUCUUAUGCUGGGAAUAUUUAGUAAAAGGGAAUUUUGUCCCUGCUGUUAUGUAACUGGUUUGAGUGUUAAUAUUCUGUUUUCUAAACUGUAAAUGUUUUAAAGUUACGUUAAAUAUUAUCUUUAAAAUUAUGAAAGCUAGAGAAAUGUCAAAGGAUCGUGCUAUAAUCUCUCUGUAUCGAGUCUUUGUAAGCUUUAUGUUAAUAUUUUGGCUGUGACGUAACAUAGCCAGAAAACUGAAAACAAUUUGGGGGAAAAAAGACAGUUUAACAUUUUUAUUUUUUUAUGUUUAAUGAAUUAAAUUAAUGAAGAAUUAAACAUGACUGAUCUUAUUUACAGUAACUGCUCUCCUGAGAUUGUUCAGUAAUGCUUUAAAAACUAAAUUUGUUUUUAAAGAGCAACGGCCUCUUUAAGCAGUCCCCUUUUUUCUGAUGUUUUUUUUUAAGAAAGUGCAAUAAGAUUGCUGUAAUGUUUCUGCAAUCAUAAUGUUUUCACCUUGGGAAUAGAAUUUUAUA